UAUUGUCCCAAAACAUGUAUGAAAGUACCAGCUACUGUAAUGUGGCGCAACUUUGAUGGGACACUGACCUGAAACAGGCUGCUGAGCCCAGUCAGUCAUCAGUCACAUCAUCAAGGCUGAAGCUUCAAUCCAAUUUCAACAUUAACAACACUGGGCUGUCCGAUCCCUCCAAACCCAAACAACAACUGCUGAUCCUCUGCAGGAACACAAAGCUCACGAUAAUCCUGUUAGGAGAGUUCCUCCGUAAUCCUCCCACGGUGUUCAGAUCCCUGCAGGUCUUUACAGCCUCUUCACCGCGGCUCUGUGGGAUGCUGCUGGACCCCGACUGAACAACUCAGGAUGUUGAGCUGGGUGGUCAAAGUCGUUCCCCAGCCGCCCGAGCCUGCGCCCAAAAAAGUUGAAGAGCAGAAGGAGGAGAAACCAGCCGCAGCCCCGCCCCCUGUUGCAGUCCCGCCCCCUGUUGCAGCUCCGCCUCCAGUUGCUGCCCCGCCCCCUGCUGUGGAUAAGAAAGUGAAAUUUCAAGAUGACUGCAAAAUUGAAACUCCAAAAGCUGGUAAACCCAAGCAGGAAGAACAGGCAGCAGAGGGCAACGGCCCAGUGCCUGGCUCUCAGCCCGGUGUGUUGACAUGGAUCAGCAGCGCUCUGCCUCAACCUGCAGUCUCACCAAAGCUGAGCCGAGCCAACUCCACCACCCAGGAGGAAAAUGCAACACCCAGACAAGGGGUGAUAGCUUGGAUCGCUCAGGGUUUGGAGAAAGUUGUCCCUCAGCCUGAUCUGAAGUCAUCAGCGGCUGAGCAGCCCACUGAGGUGGGUCAAACAGCAGCUGCACCAGCUGCAAAGCCUCAGGUGGCCGAGUCGGACCGAGAAGAUAAAACCGACACCAAACCCCUCCCACCCAGGAUGAUAAACUGGAUAAAGCACGGCAUAGAGAAUAUGGUUCCUCAGCCAGGACCUCAGGAGGGUCACUCAAAGACAGAAGUCAAGGAGAAGACCGAAGCUCCUGCUCCAACUAAAGCAGAGGCUUCAGCAACAAAACCUCCUCCGGCCCCCAAACCACCGGCCGCUGACACUGAGAAGUCUUCCAAGGAAGCAGAGCAGCAGCCCAGUAUGAUGAGCUGGAUCGUCGGUGGCAUCGGCCACAUGUUGCCUCAGCCUGUUAUCAAGAAGGACGCAGGCGGUGACGAGGUUCAGAACAGGGGGAAAGGCGGCGAGAGCCCCUUUAAAUAAAAGGAGAAGGAAGAGCGGGACAGAGUCGCUCACACUGACACUGACAGCAGCAGACACUCUUAGCCUGCCUGAAGGACAGACAGACAGACAGACAGAGCAGUGACACCAUGUGAUGAAGGAAAUCAGAUUUUUAUUUUUCUAUGAGACGUCUGUUCUACACAUAUUUGAACAUGUUUGGAUCAGGAAGAUGAUUGGAUGAGAGUAAGUUAGUGUUCCCCAGUAGGCUCACAUAUUACAGUGCGAUUGCUAAAUCAAGACAAAACAACCCAAGUCUGUAUCUCAUAGAGUCCAGUAGGACAUGGCUGUUAGUCUGUUGGACUGUUUAAUAGUCCAUGCUGAGCGAUUAUUCUGCCGACAGUGCUACUUCAUACUGGGAACUCACAUAAGCUAUUAGUUGCGGAUGAAUCUGGACUGCCAGUAGUUCAGGACUACUUUUGCUUCUUUAAAGGCUUUUGCGAAUGAUAUAAAGGCAACUAAACUAAGUGCAGACAUUGCAACACAUUAAAGCAUUUUGCUGUA